CUCGAUUAAUAAUUUGCGGAUUGAAAUUUUUGCUCAGCUUUUGUAAAUUGGUUUUUAGUUGUGGUGAGAAUAAUUUUAGUGGGAGUGUGGUAUAUAUAGAAAAUUUUAUGUUCAAUGGAAAAAUCAUAAUUUUUUAAAAAUUAAAAGGCAAAUUGGUAAUUUACUAAGGGUGGCGAAUUGGGUAAAGUUUUGCUGCCUGUUGCCUGGCCCUCAUCAAUCGCUGUUUCUUUGACAUUUCCACCCAGAAUAAAGCUGCAAUUAUUGAAACUGAAACCAAACAUUCACUCAUUUCCCGCUCGCAGAAGCUAUUUCUCUCUCUAUCUUUUCUCUGCAGUAGAUAGAUUACCAUGGCUGCACCAGCUUUGAAACCAGUUAUCAAUGUGGCCGCCAUUUGUGGCUCCCUUCGCAAGGCUUCCUAUAACAGAGGCCUUCUUCGAGCAGCGAUGAAGGUAUGCUCGGAAUCCAUCGAAGGCAUGAAAAUUGAGUACAUCGAUAUUUCGCCAUUACCGAUGAUUAACACCGAUCUUGAGGUUGAUGGCACUUACCCUCCAGUUGUUGAAGAUUUUCGUCAAAGAAUUCUCGAAGCUGAUUGUAUUCUCUUCGCUUCUCCCGAGUAUAAUUACUCUGUUGCAACACCUUUAAAGAAUGCAAUAGAUUGGGCAUCAAGACCACCAAAUGUUUGGGCAGACAAGGCUGCUGCAAUGUUAAGUGCUGGAGGAGGUUUUGGUGGUGGCCGAGCUCAAUAUCAUCUGCGUCAAAUUGGAGUGUUUCUUGAUCUUCAUUUCAUCAACAAACCCGAGUUUUUCUUGAAAGCAUUUGAACCUCCAACCAAAUUCGAUAGUGAAGGUAACUUGAUUGAUGCAGAUGCCGAAGAAAGGAUAAAGAAAGUUUUGUUAUCUUUGCAGGCCUUCACCUUACGCCUCAAAGAGAAAUGCUGAUUGUUAAAGAUAUCCUCUUGAAGGAAAUCAUUGUGCAUUUUACAUGGAAGUAAUGUGGAUAAUAUUGGAUGUAUUAUGGUUCUCUUCAUUUAACUGAACACAUUUGGACUUGGAUGUUGUGUGUUAUAUUAUCAAAAUAAAUUCAGUUGAUGCUUUGUCAGUGUUA